UCUUUUGACAUAAAUAAUGGAUUAAGGCCCAUAGCUUGGAAGAAUAUCCAAUUGCAAUUGAAGAAAUAUGAGUACAAGCCUCGGAGGAGCAAUAGAGACUUAAUUUUUGUGAGGAUUAUUUUCAUAAGAGCCCGGCGCAUNUUUUCGGUUGUCCGAUCCAAAGCCGAAUUUCCUGACCGAGCGCUCGACAACGAGUCAUCGUUUCCUUCUUCAGGCCACAUAUACGACAGUCGAAACGGUUGUGAUAUGUCGGAUGCCGCCUUGAGAUACAUUGACCAGAUUCUCAUGGAAGAGGACACCGAUGAUGGGGCCCACACUCUCCCAGAGUCGUCAGAUUUUCAGGCGACCGAGAGAUCCUUCUACGAGGUGCUCGGAAAAAGAUACCCCCCUUCUCCGCAGCUUUAUGCCGAUCAUCACCAUAGUUUGAUGACCGGAUAUCUAAUUGAUGUCGUCCGUGAAAGCCGGUUCAAAACUCCCAAGUUUGACGGUCUCACUGAUCACAUUGUUCCGUCGGACUUCUCCAUUUGCCCGUCAAGUGGAUUGUAUAGACGAUCUUUUAUCGGGAGUGAAGUGGUUUGGGAUUUUAAAGAAGGGGUCGCGCGCGUGGCUAAUUCCAUCCCGAGGGAAGGCAAGAUGUUGCACAUUAUCGGAGUCACGAUUCAAAAUCCUUUGGAAGGUGAAAAAAAAGCGGUCAAACCGGGCGAAGAUCGAGCGAGAACCACCAAGAAUCCCCCUGUUUUUACGGAGUCCGACAUCCCGAUAGAAGAUUUCGACAAGCUCUUGCUCUCCACGCUCGACGACCGUUACUCGAAAGACAUGCAAAACCCGAGAAGCGCGGUCAGUAAGGCCCGACUCGGUAAGUCUCACAAGGUUAAGAAAGAGGCAAUCGACUGGUCGACGCUGUUGACGAAAUGCGCACAAAUGGUGCAUUCUGGCGACCGUCGAGCCGCGGCUACUCUACUAACUGAAAUCAGACGGCACUCGUCCCCUAACGGCGACUGGGCAGAGAGGCUGGCCCACUACUUUGCCGACGGGCUCGAGGCCCGCCUGGCGGGGACCGGCGCCCAAGUGUACAAAUUAUUCGCGUGCGACCGAAUCUCUGCACCCGCCUGCCUCAAGGCUUACUACACGUCGAUCGCGUCUUUCCCGUGCCGGAAAGUCAUGAACCUCGUCUCGAACAAGCUCCUCGCGGCCCGGUCGGCGGGCUCGGCCCGUGUCCACGUCAUCGACUUCGGCAUCGUCCACGGCUUCCAGUGGCCGACCUUCAUCCGACGCUUGGCCCUUCGGCCAGGUGGGCCCCCGAGGCUCCGGAUUACCGGCGUCGACUUCCCCAAGCCAGGCCCCCGGCCCUCCGAGAUGAUGGAGGAGACGGGCCAGCGGCUGGCCCGCUACGCACGGGCCUUCGGUGUCCCGUUCGAGUUUGCCGGCAUCGUCACUCGGGAGUGGGAGUCGGUUAGCAUGGCCGACUUUCGCGUCGAGCCCGGCGAAUUCUUAGCCGUGACGUGUUCUCACCGCGGGAAGAACCUUCGGGACGGGUCGAAAACGGCGGUCCUCGAGCUGAUACGGAGAAUCAGGCCCGACGUGUUCGUGCACGGCGUGGUGGACGCAGCGUACGGCGCCGAGAGUCCCCUGUUUCCCGCUCGUUUUCGGGAGGCUUUCUUUCACUUCUCGGCAAUAUUCGACAUGGUGGAGACGACGAGCAUGCCCGGUGGGAAGCCCGGGAGAAUGCAGUUCGAGGGGAUGUUUCGAAAGGAGAUAAUGAAUGUGGUGGCGUGCCAAGGGCCCGAGAGGGUCGAUUGGCCCGAAACUCGGAGGCAGUGGCACGGGCGGCACGUUAAGGCGGGGUUUAGGCAGGUCUCGUUCGGGAGAGAGCUGUCGAGCUCGGUCGUGAGGAAGGUGAAGGGUUCGGUUUCGUACCACAGGGAUUUCGUGGUGGAGGAGGAGAACGAGUGGCUGUUGAUGAGUUGGAAAGGGAGGGUGCUAUUUUCCAUGUCCUGUUGGGAGCCUGUUGAGCAACUGAGAGAUCCUUCUACAAGGUGCUCGAACAAAAAUACCCCCUUCCCUGCAGCAAGAAAUGUCGCAGCUUUGUGUCGAUCAUCACCAUACCGGUUUAAAACUCCCACGGGUCCGUUUGAUGGUUUCAUGGAUCACAUUGUUCCAUCCGACAUCUCCAUUUGCCCUUCGAGUGGAUUGCAUAGGCAAUCUUUUGGAGGGAGUGAAGUGGUUUGGGAUUUUAAAGAAAGGGUCGCGCGCGCGGCUAAUUUCGUCCCGAGGGAAGGUAAAAUGUUGUACAUUAUCAGCGCCACGAUUCGAAAUCCUUUGGAAGGUGAAAAUAAAGUGGUCAAACUGGGCGAGGAUUACAAAUAUCGAGGAAGAACUACCAAGAAUGCUCCGGUUUUUACGGAGUCAGAAAUCCCUAUAGAAGAAUUCGACAACUGGCGCUUGGCGACUAUAGAGCCUCGGUUUGCUCUCUUAACUAAAAUCAGACAACACUCGUCCCCCAACGGCGACUGGACCGAAAGGUUGGCCCACUACUUUGUCGACGGGCUUGAGGCCCGCCUGGCAGGGACCGGUGGCCAGGUGUACAAAGCACUCGCGUGCGACCUGAUAUCCAUCCCCGCUUGCCUCGAGGCUUACUACACGUCCAUCGCGUCUUUUUCCCUUUUAGAAGAGUCUCGAACCUCACCUCGAAUAAGCUCCUCGCAGCCCAUUUGGCGGGCUCGGCCUAGGUCCACGUCAUCGACUUUGGCAUCCUCCACAGGUUCCAAUGACCUACCUUCAUCCGGCACUUGGCCCUUCGGCCCAGUGGGCCCCCGAGGCUCCACAUCACCAACGUCGACUUUCUCUGUCGAAAACAGCAGUUCUCGAGCUGAUAUGGGGAAUCGGGCCCGACGUGUUCGUGCACGGCGUGGUGGACGGAGCGUACGGUGCUGGGGAUCCCCUGUUUCCCGCACGUUUUCGGGAGGCUUUUUUUCACUUCUUGGCAAUAUUCGACAUGGUAGAGACGACAAGCAUGCCCUGUGGGAAGCCCAAGAGAAUGCAGUUCGAGGGGAUGUUACGAAAAGAGAUAUGAAUGUCGUGGCGUGCGAAGGGUCCGAGAGGGUUGAGUGGCUUGAGACUCAGAUGCAGUGGCACGGGCGGCACGUCCAGGCAGGAUUCAGGCAGGUCUCAUUUGGGAAGGAGCGCACGGACUCAGUCGUAAGGAAGGUGAAGGGCUCAGGUUUGUACCACCAAGAUUUCGUGGUGGAGGAGAAGUGCCAGUGGUUGUUGAUUAGUUGGAAAGGG